AGGUCAAACUCCAUUUGAUACUCAUACUGCCCGUUUACUUAUAAGUAAGUACUUGUUUUUGGUUUGUUUCAUAGUUAGUGGUCCUUGCUCUUGGUAGUUGUGCUUGGUUGAUGUUUCUUUCAUCAACAUUAUAGGUAGUGAAUCACUUCUAGUCUCUUAACGAAGCAACAAGCUACUUGUUACAUCACCAUCAAAAACACGUUGACGCCCUAGAACUCCUUCUUGCUUCUGUUCCACGACGAAGCCUAGCACUACCUAGCACAUUUUCUUGAUCCCAUUUUUUCUUGGUUAUCAUCGUUAGUUCUUCUUCUUGUUAUCUCUCGUUUUUCAUCACAGCACAUCUAUCAUCUAAAGUUCAGAAAAAAUGCCUCGUGACCAGGAAACUAUGGCAUCCAGGUGCUGGGUGAACCCCUACCUGGAUACUCCUUCUCCCGACUUGCCUAUGCUUACUGACGACCAACUUGAAGAUGCGGUGAACAAUUACGCACGUACCCUCACUUCCCGUCUCUGUGAAGCGAAUGGAUCAUUAAGGCUCAAUACUCACUUCAUUUGAUGUUUACAUUUCUCCCUAUAUAUUUUAUAUAGUAUAGCUUCUUGAUUGGCUUUCGCCUUUUGGUGAAGGUUUAGGCCCAGCGGCGCUCAAAGCACUAAGUAAGCCAAGCGGUUAGUUUUCACCUCGACAAUAUUAGACUUAUCCCGUGCAACAAUAUAUAGUAUAACUCCUAAUCAUUCUUGUCUCAAGAUUGGAGUGAACUGUUUUGAACUCGUCUAAGAGGAUCAUCGAUCUACAGUGGGGGUCCGGGAGUAGGGUUGGCCUUGUUCUGGGCGACGGGGGACCUGAAAAGCGCGCAGUAUUUCUUUACGAACGAGCGAGGAAGCAGCUGGGCAGAUGACGAGGACAAAAGGAAAGACGCCCGCCCUGUUGCAGUAGGUGGAGGGCAAGCGACGGCAUUGUUUUACUUAUGAAGAUAGUUGUGAGGAUCAAUCUAUCACACGAAUGCAACAUGCAACAUGUGUGUUCCUUCUCUCAUCAUGGUCAACAUCUUACCCUCUAUCUUCUAACCCUCACCACUGUGAUCUUGCACUGGAUUUACAUGCAUCACAAGAGUAACCCUCGCAGGCUGCGCAGAAGUGCAGGGGAUCACGGAGGACGGGGUAGUCCGAGUCAUUCUGGCAACUCGAAGAGUAAGAAGGAGAAGAAGUCUAGUAAAAAUAGCAUAGGAGGUCAGACUGAAGACGAUGAGCUUUCACCUCCUGGUGUCGCAGGAGUAGAGAAAAAACGGAAAUCGUCCAGACGAACAUCAAGGAAGGAUGUUGAAGAAAAUAAUGUGAAUUUUUCUGGAGAUGAAGCUGGUAGAAGUGGUGCGGAAGAAGACGGCAAGUUGUGCCGACAUCAUGAAGGAAAUAAUGGCAGCACAAGAGAUAGGGAUAGCGGCAGGGGUAGUGGCUCUCUAUUAGCAGCAUUGAACAAACAAAGUCAAAGCAGGGGCAAUAAAGGUGGUGGCAAUAAAGACAUGGCCAAGUCUAUUAACAAAAAAAGUAAGCAGGACAACAACGAUGACGUGAUGGAGGGGCUCAAAAACAUGCUUCAUGGAAAGAAAGCUAAACUUCUACCAGGUGGAGCAUCAUCUACUUCCACCUCGCGACAACAACAAGAGGUGGAUGACCAACAUAGAGGAACUGGAACUACAUCCUCAAACAUAAAUGACCCAAAUAGAAGUAGGUCGACAUUUUCUGGCGAUGGUGGUGCUUUAGUUGUGCCACUAAACCUAAACGGUGUGGUUUCCUACUCACAGCAAGAGCAGUCCUUACAACAAGAACAACAAGAUCGCCGUCAGACUGUGAAUUUCGCAGAGAAAAGCUUUGACACGUUCAUGAGCUGUGAAGCAGUCCUGACCGAUGCACUACGGCGUCUUCUGGUGAUCAACACCAGCAAAUGCAAGUCUGACGAAUGGUUAUACGGAAGAGCAGGACUUUUGUUAAGACUGUUAUCAAUUGUUAUCAUCUAUCAUCAAUUGUAUGAGUACUAGUAGAACAAGUUGUUGUUGUGCCGGCACUACAGCAAGCAUUACAAUUUAGUGCUCAUGUUGUAACUACAGUAGUUGUAGUAAGUAGUCGUGUUGUAAAAAAAUAUGAACUACUUGUUGAUGUACUACUAGCUCAUGGUGCAAUGACUAGCGCGAACCUGCUUUUUCCAACUACAAGCAUCCAACUUACUACGUGGUCUAUGAAGGACCUAACUAUGAGCCUUCUCGUCCACCUCUUCUGUUCGUCUUUUCAAUCUCUAAUUUUCUUUGCCCUAGUCUAUAUCAGACGUCAGUUUGAUGACUUGGGGCCAUGGUAUACCAAAAGACUGGAACAAGAACUGCGCAACGAGGUGAACACGAGGAUCCGAGCAGUUGUCGAGGAAAUCUACCAUCAAGGAUUGCAGUAUUUUUUUACUGUUUUCUGAUUAAGUAAUCACCGUCUACUUUUACAACUCUACUUUCUUUCAUGAUCUUUGAAGCAGAAGUUCGAUUCAUCUUACUUCCUCAUCUGCGAUAGAUAAGGAUAACUAUUACUAUUUAUUCUACCACUUCUGACUCGCUCCGACUCGCUCCACGUCCACCAGUUACGCCGAACGCUGCGUUGAUGACGGUACCGGUUUUGUUGGUGACCUCCCUCGCCUCUGCUACGAGUGGCACGGGAAGCGGUAUCUUGGCGGGGCCCAUGGCUUAGCGGGAAUCUACUGCAUAAUGUUACAGUUAAGGGUUUAGGGUGUUCCUCUUCCUGUUGCCGUUUUGUAGUUUUGUCUCUCUCUCCUAAGGGACGAGAAAAGCAUAAAAACAAACGGGAAACAGAAACACCAACGGCCUACCUCUAAUAUAGGCAAAGGAAUUCUUGACCGUUGCGGAGUUGCGGCACAUCCGUGAAUCCAUAGAUUGGCUACGUGCUUUUGGCUGCGAUCAGGGUACGGGGAACUAUACGAGUAGAAUUGGCUCAAUGCAGUCGCACUUAGUCCAGUUCUGCCACGGAGCACCUGGAUUUAUCCCUCUAUUCCUCGAAGCUAGCGUUACUUUUGUUAAGGCUCAAAAUAUCUCAUUUCUAAGAGUCAUUUCUCUUAGUUUCCUUCUUAGGAAGCUGAGAAAUAAAUGAACCCAAGAAGUGAAUUGCUUUGAGCUCUAACUUUGGCGAAAAACGGACCAUUACAGUGGAACGAGUACAGCACAAGGCUGGCCAUCCAUCGCCGGAUGAAAUGAGGGCCAUGGAAGGCACUGCACUGAUUAAGACUACAAUAAAUGCAUCUUCCCAAGCAUCUUGAUGAUCCCGUUUCUCAAGGGAAAACGUGCACCAAGACCAAGAUGCUCUUGCAGAUGGAUUUAUGUUAGGUCUAAAUUGAACGAAUACGGCAACGUCAUGGGAGGCACAGAACUUCUGGUGAGGACCAACAACCAGAUCCAGAACGAAGAAGAUAGUAAAUUAAGGCCCGAUCAUACAGUACAAAAAUUGUCGAUUCCUUUGCCUUUCCAAGGUUUGUUGAGAGGAAGUAAGGAUCUUGAUGGUCUCCUUCCGGGUCUCAAUCCUUGUUUCCAAGGUUCAUUUUCUUUUGUAGAAGUUUCCUUCUUUUAAGAUUCAUAGAUUCAUCUUCUGAAGAAAUAGAGGCAAGACAUGGAUUCUUUUGCGUUCUUCUAAGUAGAGAUACUGGAGCUGGUCGUGGUGGUGACCAACAGCCAAGCAUUGUGAAUCCGAGUAUUCUGUUGCCGCCUGUAGAAGCAGAAGAUGGUGGCUCCACCGCUUCUAGUCCGCAAAUUUAAGGCUCAGCCACUACUAGUACUUAGGUGGACUUUGUUAAAGUUGAUCUUCUAGUGCUAGGAAGGACUAGGUCUAGACCAUUGUUGACUCAUGAAUCUUACUUUCAUUCAGGGACAAAGCGACGAGGAGCAUUUCUUAAUACUCUGACUCUGACUCCUCUAUCUUUCUUGGGUGCACAGGAGAGCGACGAGCAUCGUUCUUGCUGAGAAUAAAUAUUCUACCUGUCGUCCUACGCAAAGGCUGUUACGGCAUUGAAAUUCAACUAGUCCUUCUAAGAACUGGAGUCAGCAGGACCCUCCAGCCCAUUGCGUGGUGUGAGCAGAGGCGGCGCAAGAGCACUGAACCGAGCUGGGCCGCUGUUUUCAUCUUCAAAGGCUGCUGCGCCUGUAGAUUUAAGACUUGUUCGUUCAUCUCCUAAAAUCACUUGACAAGGUAUUGUUUAUCACUACGUGCUCCUUUGUUUUGAGUUGUUGUGCUCAAAGUUACCACAAAUAGAGCAAACUUACAUUGAAAUUUCGAAAAAAUUCCAUCUUGUUACAUACUACAACCUAACUGGGCAGAUGCACAUACUUUGGACAACUAGGACAACUCGUCUCUAUAUCCUACGUAUAACUACAACUUACUUUUCAUCUAAUGAAAGCUCCCGGCUUGGUCUUGGGGUAAAUCCAAAUACUUAAAUGCUUUUCUGGAAGCAGGAGAUCUGUGCGUGCUUCAGUAAGAAUCUCCUUUCGUUCGUUUCCAAGAUGGAUUUUUGAUACUCUAAUUCUUCUAUUUCAUAUCCUGCUUCAGGAGUAAGAAUCUCAAUAUCCGCUCAGUUUCCUUUCGCUCAGUUUCCUUUCGUUCGCUUCCAUAAUUUAUCUAAUAAAAGCUUCCGAGGACUUGGUCGCAGGUAGUCGCAUUCACCAGAUCGAUCCUCAGCGGGAGUAUUAUAGAGAAGCACUGCGAUUAGGCGAAGUCUUGUGGAAAAACGGUGUCCUGAAAAAAAACGCAAGUUUGUGCCAUGGUCUCAGCGGUAAUGUUAAGGCUUAGUCUUAGUUCUUACAGAAGAUAGAGAUAUACAGAAGGAGAAGAUACAGUUGUAGUUACAGAAGAUAGAGUAAUUCGCCGAAUAGUGUGGCUUUGUACGGUUUCCAGAGAGAAAGAGAGGAGAAAAGAUGAAGAAGAAAAAGGAAAACUGACACUCGCUUCGCGAGAAGAUACAGUAACUCAAAUUCUUGUUUCAUCUUAAAAACAAGCUGAAGCAUCUUCCAUUGACUCCCUGUCGUCAAAAGAGAAAACGGAAACUCGUCCGAGAUGCUACUUUUCAAAUUCAAGAUGAGUUUGAAUGUACAGUUCACAAGGUCUAAUAAUGGCUUCUGCUUUUUAGCGUUAUACAGAGCUACUUCGGACGACAUGUGGCUACGGAGAGCCCACGUUUUCGCGAGACUGAUCCAAGAAAAGCACGCAGCGAAUGAAUGGGAGCAUCCGCCGGAUAGACCCUAUAUUAAGGCUAGAAGAAAUCCAUCUCAGCCAGCGAAGUCUUCGCUCGUCUGUUUUCUCAGAGGAAACGGUCACUCCAAGAGGUGGCUCCUCAUCUACAAGAUGGAUUUCUUCUCGCUCUAACUACAGCUUAUUUGAAGGCAUGGCAGGAGAAUUGAUGUUUUUUAAUGCUCUAAGAGACCCAAAAAACUCAAAAUUUCCUAUGUAUGAACUAUGAAUGGUGCAGCUGAGAAAAAUCAUUUGAGAUGCAAUGAUUUUGAUGGACUCGGAUGACUGCCUUUUCUACAUGUACAUACAUUUACAUGAGUAAGUACAUGUAUACUAGACCACAACAUACGGUUACUAGUACAGGAGUUGUGCGUCGGAAGGAUGUAAAAAUGAUCUUCAAUCUACUAGUACAUGGUGUUGAUCAUCUUCCCGGACUUCUCCGUGUUUGGGAAGCGGGAGGCGAAGUAGAUGCAACCUAUUCCUGUGAGUGUUGCGGUCGUGUGGGGUAGAAUUUCUAUCUCCAAUCGUGUGAUGUAUGUGUCGGACGACGUGCGUAUGCUGGAUGAAUUUACGAU